CAUUUCAAAAAUUUCACUGCUAAGAAGAUGGGAACAUUUAAAGGGAUCCCAUUGUGGAUCCUUUUAGUCAUCUUGGGCUCGUUGAAUGCUGAGAUACAGUAUGAAGACUACACUGUAGCUAAUACCAUUGAUUACACUUUUGGUGACAGCACCCAACAACAACAACAACAGAACAUUAUAGUAACUGGUCCUCCAAGGAUAUCCAUCAUACAAGCUGUGCCUACCACCCCGGUUGUAAAAGCAAUCAACACGGCUCACAAUGGUAAAGUCUGCAGCACUUGGGGGAACUUCCACUUCAAAAAUUUCAAUGGUUAUGUGUUCUACUUCCCGGGAACCUGCAACUACGUUUACUCAUCCCACUGCAAAAGUUCAUAUGAAGACUUUAACAUCCAAAUCCGACGUUCAGUCGUUAAUAAUAUCCCUGUUAUUGAAAAGAUCACCAUGAAAAUUGAUGAACUUGUAGUACAAAUUGACAUCAACAAUGUGCAAGUCAAUGGAGAGGUAGUGCAAUUGCCUUACGGUGGUGGUGGGGUUCAGAUUGAAGUUAAUGAAGUGUAUCUAAAAGUGAGCUCCAAGCUUGGAUUGGUCUUCAUGUGGAACGAAGAUGAGAGCCUAUUGCUCGAACUUGAUCAGAGGUAUGCCAAUCAGACCUGUGGGCUGUGUGGGGACUACAACAGCAUCUCCAUCAACAAUGAGUUAAUUUCUGAUGGUGUCCAGAUCACAGAAACUCAAUUUGGAAACCUGCAGAAAAUGGAUGAACCUACAGAACAAUGCCUGGAUGUUCCACCACAACCCAAAAGCAAUUGCACAGACUAUGAAAAUAUCUGUGAGAGAAUCUUGAUGGGAGCAGCCUUUUCAAAUUGCCGCUCUUUGGUGGAUGUUGAACAAUAUAUUGAGACUUGUGUGAAAGACCUUUGUCUCUGCAACAGCAAUGUCACCACUCUCUGUUUGUGUGAUACAUUUGCUGAAUACUCAAGACAAUGUGCCCAUGCUGGAGGUCAACCACAGAAUUGGAGAACACCCGAUUUGUGCCCUAAAAAGUGUCCUCAUAACAUUGUGUACCAAGAAUGCGGCUCACCUUGUCCUGAUACCUGCACGAACCCAGAAAGAAGUGUCAUUUGUGAAGAUCACUGUUUAGAAGGCUGUUUCUGUCCUCCAGGGACUGUAUUUGAUGACAUCAGUAAUGCAGGCUGUGUUCCAAUUGAGAAAUGCUCAUGUACAUUCAACAGUGAUACCUAUACUGCAGGGACAUCUUACUCCACAUCUUGCAGCACCUGUGUCUGUUCGGCUGGAAAGUGGGACUGCCAGAACAUGCCUUGCCCAGCAACCUGCUCCAUUCAAGGGGGGUCUCACAUUACAACUUAUGAUCAAACUCACUACAAUGUUUUUGGAGACUGUAAUUAUGUGCUAUCUAAGGUCUGCAGUGGUUACGAUUUUACAGUUCUGACAGAACUGCGUAAAUGUGGUCUUACAGAGAGUGAGACUUGCCUUAAGAGUGCCACUGUAAUGCUCAAUGGAGGAGAAACUAUUGUCGUUAUCAAACCAUGCGGCAGUGUGUAUGUUAACAACAUCUACACCCAGCUGCCUUUAUCUGCAGCCAAAGUUACCGUCUUCAGACCAUCCUCAUUCUACAUUGUUGUUGAGACUAAUUUGGGUGUCCAGAUAGUGGCUCAGCUCAUUCCUUUAAUGCAGGUCUAUGUCAUCCUAGACCCCUCUUUCAAGACCAAGACAUGCGGUCUCUGUGGAAACUUUAAUGACAAACAGACAGAUGAUUUCCAGAGCAUUAAUGGUGUAAUAGAGGGAACUGCUGCAUCCUUUGCCAAUACUUGGAAAACCCAAGCAUCCUGUCCUAAUGUCAAGAAUAUAUAUGAAAAUCCAUGUUCUCUCAGCGUCCAAAACGAGAAAUAUGCCCAGCACUGGUGUGGACUUAUUGCUGAUCCAUCAGGUCCAUUUGUUGCUUGUCAUUCCCAAGUUAAUGCUGAAAUCUAUACUCAAAACUGUAUGUUUGAUACCUGCAAUUGUGAAAAAACCGAAGACUGCAUGUGCGCUGCUCUAUCCUCAUACGUCUAUGCAUGCGCUGCCAAAGGAAUCAUACUUACUGGAUGGAGAUCCAAUGUCUGCUCCAACUACAUGAACACCUGCCCUAAAACCUUGAACUACACCUACUCUGUUACAACUUGCCAACCCACAUGUCGCUCACUCAGUGAACCUGAUGUUACCUGCAAUAUAAAAUUCGUUCCUGUGGACGGUUGUACCUGCACUGAGGGCUACUACAUGGAUGACAGCGGGAAAUGCGUUUUGGCUGAUGCUUGCCUGUGUUACUACCAGGGCUCUGCUGUACCUUCAGGAGAAGUUGUGUAUGACAAUGGAAUUCAGUGCAUUUGCAUUCAAGGACAAUUAAGUUGUAUUGGAAGUCCUGUACCAGUGAACUUUUGUAAUUGCGUCUUCUUUCCAGCAUGCUCUGCUCCAAUGGUUUAUUUUGAUUGUAAAAAUUAUUCAUACGGCACCCCAGGAGCUGAAUGUCAGAAGAGUUGUCAGACUUUGGAUAUGGAAUGUUACAGUACCAAAUGUGUCUCUGGAUGUGUGUGUCCUGAAGGGCUGGUAUCAGAUGGGGAAGGAAAAUGCAUUGCAGAAGAUCAGUGUCCAUGCAUUUACAAUGAUGCCACCUAUAAACCAGGGGAAAAAGUCAAAAUAAAAUGCAACACCUGUACUUGCAAAGACAGGAUUUGGCAAUGUACCAGUGAGCCAUGCCUUGCAACCUGUGCUGUCUACGGCAAUGGGCACUAUAUUACCUUUGAUGGAAAACGUUAUACCUUUAAUGGAGACUGUGAAUAUACCCUCGCUCAGGAUCACUGUGGUAAAGGUGGGAACAGUAGCACUUUCCGAGUUAUCACUGAAAACAUUCCUUGUGGAACCACUGGUACAACAUGUUCUAAGGCAAUCAAGGUCUUCCUUACAAGCUAUGAGAUAAUCCUCACUGAUGAGAAAAUUGAAGUAGUAGAAAGAUGCAUUGGAGGAAAAGUUAACUACAAGGUCAGAUACAUGGGUAUGUAUCUUGUGAUUGUAGCUGACAAUGGACUUAUCCUAAUGUGGAAUAAAAGGACAAGCAUCUUUAUCAAGCUGAGUAAAGAUUUUGAGGGAACUGUGUGUGGUCUAUGUGGUAAUUAUGAUGGAGAUGGCAACAAUGACUUUACUACCAGGAGUAUGUCUGUGGUUGAAGAUGUAAUUGAGUUUGGCAAUAGCUGGAAACUUUCGCAAACAUGCCCUGAUGCCCAACUACCCAAAGAUGCAUGCUCAGCUAACCCAUAUAGGAAAUCAUGGGCUCUGAAACAGUGCAGUAUCAUCAACAGUCCAGAAUUUUCUGCCUGUCACUCUCAUGUUGAUCCUUCAAAGUACUACGAUGCUUGUGUUACUGACUCAUGUGCUUGUGACACUGGUGGAGAAUGUGAGUGUUUCUGUACAGCUGUUGCUGCCUAUGCCCAAGUAUGUGGAGAAAAUGGAGUCUGCAUUUCCUGGAGGACUCCAUCAAUCUGCCCUAUGUUCUGUGAUUACUUCAAUCCUGAAGGAGAAUGUGAAUGGCAUUACAAAUCAUGUGGAUCUCCAUUCUUGAAGAUCUGCAAAAAUCCAAGUGGGAAAUAUCUCCAUGAGCUCUCAGGUUUGGAAGGCUGUUAUCCCAGUUGUCCAGCAGCUAAACCAUUCUUUGAUGAGGAUAAGAUGGAAUGUGUUGCUCAGUGUGGAUGCUAUGAUAAUAAGGGGACACAGUACAAAAUUGGUUCUCCAGUGCCCUCCACGGACAAUUGUCAAUCCUGUUUAUGCACACUGACCGGCAUUGUCUGCGAGUACGAUAAAGAAGCUUGUUAUUGUGAAUACAAUUGUAAAAUGUACAAUUACAAUGAAGUUAUUUACAACACCACGGAUGGUAUUGGAGGUUGCAUUAUUGCUAGAUGCAAGGAAAAUGGUACAAUCUACCGAUUUAUCUAUGAAUGUACUACUACUGCUAGACCAUCCACUACAUUCAUGUUUACAACCAAACCUUCCACAAAAAAUACAGAAACUACCAGUACAAUCUGUGUUAAAGAGGAAUGCACAUGGUCAAUUUGGUAUGAUGUCAGCUAUCCUACUAUUGAUGGUGGAGAUUUUGAGACAUACACAAAUAUAAGGGCCAAAGGAUAUUCUGUCUGCAACAAUCCACAAGAAAUACAAUGCAGAGCUAAACUAUUCCCUGACACUCCUCUGAAUGAGCUAAAACAAAAGGUGCAUUGCAAUGUUUCUAGUGGACUGCUAUGUUACAACAAGGAGCAAUUCCCACCUAUCUGUUACAACUACGAGAUAAGAGUAAAAUGUUGUAGCUUUGUGCCUUGUGUCACUGUUUCUACAACUGUUGCCACUACAACUGAACAAUCAACUACCACUGCCAGUACUACAGCACCUACAACUAGUACAGAAACAACCACUGCCACAACAACUCCAAUUCCUUUAACAACAACAACCUCAACUACAACAGCUUCAACUACGCCAGAAACAACAACUACUACAGAAACAACCACUGCCACCACAACUCCAAUUCCUUCCACAACAACAACCUCAACCACAACACCUUCAACUACUACAGAAACAACAACUACUACAGAAACAACCACUGCCACCACAACUCCAAUUCCUUCCACGACAACAACCUCAACCACAACACCUUCAACUACUACAGAAACAACAACUACUACAGAAACAACCACUGCCACUACAACUCCAAUUCCUUCCACAACAACAACCUCAACCACAAUACCUUUAACUACUACAGAAACAACAAGUAGUACAGAAACAACAACUACCGCAACUCCAGUUCCUUCUACUACAACAAUCUCGACCACAUCUACAGUUGAAACUUCAACAACAGUUGGGACAACAUCUCCUACAACCUCAGAACCAACAACACCAUAUAUUACAACUACUUGCUUCUGCCACAUUGAUAACUCGUUCUUCUUACCAGUGAAUGACAUAGAUUCUAGUCUUGAUAUUCCUGAGGCUGAGGGCAGAAAACCUGCUGAAACAGAUCAAAUUACGUUUACUAUAUUGCAAACUACUCUCAGAGCGAAUCUGGAUGAAAUAAAGACCGAAUUAGCUAUGACUGCAGCAGCAAUAAAAAUAGAAAUUAAACAAGAAAUAAAUGCUCUCGCUGCUAAUAUGCACAGAAUAGAAGACCAAUUCAAAGCAAUGGAUUUUCAAGUUAAAAGUCUUAUGCAAGAAAGCACGAACGCUCAAACUAAGAUCUCGGCAUUAGAACUCAAAAUAAUUGACUUGGAAGAUCGCAGCCGGCGCAGAAAUCUACGCUUCAGGAAUAUACCUGAGACAGACCCACAAGAAGAUUUAAAAAAAACCUUGUUGGAUUUCGCAGAAGUUCUGGGUGAGGAAUACUUACCGACUCACACUGCCAGACGUCCCUCGCCACCGACCAACCCCCCACAAGACUCCAUGCAAGUGACAGUGGCGAUCCUUCAGCAAAUGCUUGCCGAUCACCACAAAGACUUCCACAAGGAGAUCACUGCGCUGAGGGGAGACCUAAAGGGGGUGACAAACCGCCUAACCACCAUAGAGAACCGAACCGAAACGCAUGCUGAGGACAAAAGGGACCUCCAACGCACCGUGCAGGAGCUGCAGCUGCGGCUACGCUCUCACGACCACCGCAUGGCCGAGAACGAAGAUACCAGGCGGCGUAAUAACCUGAAACUCAGGGGGCUCCCAGAGAACGCCACAGAUGCGGACCUGCCGCAAACCGUCAAAGGCCUGCUCGCAAAGAUAAUGCCACCAGCACAGGCAGAACGCAUCCGCCCAGAGCGUAUUUUCCGGGUCCCCAAAUCACCAAAGGCGCCCACUGGAUCGACUAGAGACACCAUAAUAGCAUUCCGGAAUAGCUCCGACAAGAUGGCGAUAUUGGACGCCCUGCGGGGGGAAGUUAUAUACAAUAAGACCGAUGAAGCUGGAUGCCAUUUCUAUGCCAUCUGCAAUGAAGAAUGUAAACCUGAUAGGUUCCAGGGACCAUGUCCAACGACAACUCUUUCACCUCCCACUUCCACCACUCCAGUGCCAACAACAUCCACAACUACUACUAAAUUUACAACACCAAAGACACUGCCAACAUCCACAACUGAGAUAUCGACUACUAUGUCUACAACAUCAAAGACACUGCCAACAACCACACAUCAGACAGCAACUACAGUCAAGACUACAACCACAUGUGAAGUUUGUCCUCCCAUACAUACAAAUGAAACCUGGUUGAUAAACAACUGCACAGUUGCCACAUGCCAAGGGAACAAUGUUGUCACAAUUGAGCCAGUUUCAUGUCCACCAGUAGAAACAUUGACCUGUACAAAUGGCUUCCCACCUGUCAAGGUGUUAAGUUCUGAUGGAUGUUGUUACCAUUAUGAAUGCCAAUGUGUCUGCAGUGGUUGGGGAGAUCCUCAUUACAUCACUUUUGAUGGAACCUACUACACUUUCCUAGAAAACUGCACUUAUGUUCUUGUACAACAGAUUACCCCCAAAUUUGACAACUUCCGUGUUCUUGUGGAUAACUACUUCUGUGAUGCUGAUGAUGGUUUAUCUUGCCCUCAGUCUAUUCUAAUUUACUACAAUUCCAAUGAAGUAGUUCUAACUAAUAUUCUGUACAAUGAAAGAAUGACCAACAGAAUUAGAUUCAAUGAAAAUUGGGUAACCCCAGGAUUCACCCAGAAUGGUAUUUCUAUCACCAGCACUGGUAUCAACACGAUUGUUGAGAUUCCAGAAAUCAGAGCCUACAUCUCAUUUAGUGGAUUGAUCUUCGCAAUCAAAAUACCAUUUAGCUUAUUUGGUUACAACACAGAAGGGCAGUGUGGCACAUGCUCCAACAAUACCACUGAAGAUUGCAGACUGCCUAAUGGUAGAAUUAUCUCUGAUUGUUCUCAAAUGGCUAACCACUGGAAGGUUAAUGUGACUGAUAAACCAUAUUGCAAUGUACCACCUCCAAAGCCCACUCCACCGCCUGGCACACUAACAACACCACCACCAGUGUGUAAACCUUCCAGUCUAUGUGAUGUGAUCUUAAGCGAUGUCUUUGCUGAAUGCCACAAGAUAAUACCACCAAAGCCUUAUCAUGAAGGAUGUGUCUUUGACGCCUGUCGCAUUACCAAUGAUUCAGUGGCAUGCUCUAGUUUAGAGAUCUAUGCCUCCUUGUGCACUGCCAAUGGAGUUUGUGUGGACUGGAGACCGAAGACAGCAGGCCAUUGCCCAUUCAAUUGUCCAUCUGGAAAGAUAUACAAUGCCUGUGGACCAAUACAUGCUCCUACUUGUGAAAACAGGGAGGUACCAAAUGAUCGCAAUGGGCUCACAGAAGGUUGCUACUGUCCAUCUGGGACUAAGUUGUUCAACUCUUACACCGAUGUCUGUGUUGCAAGUUGCUCUUGUGUUGGACCUGAUGGAAUGCCCAAGAAGCCUACAGAAACAUGGACAAGCAACUGCCAACAAUGUGUCUGUGAGGCCACCUCACUCACUGUACAGUGCAAACCAGUGCAAUGUGCUGAACCUACAACCAUAACCUGUGAUAAAGAAGGGUACAUUGUUGUACAGCUACCAGACCCAAAUCAGCCAUGCUGUAUGAUAAAUGAAUGCCGCUGCAAUAGCACUUAUUGCUUGAACAAGGUGAAAAACUGUCCUCUUGGAUUCGAAGCCGUUCCAAUUAUUUUGGAGAGAGAUUGCUGUCCAACAUAUGACUGCAGACCUAUGGAAGUCUGUGUGUUUCAUGGAGCCAUAUACCAGCCUGGGAAACCAAUUCCACAAAACAAAGAAUCUUGUGAGGAAUGUAUUUGUACAGAGGAAAAAGAUGCUAAAACCAAGCUAAAUAUGAUCGCAUGUAACACAGUCAUCUGCAAUAAAGUGUGCGAUGAGGGUUACUUGUACAAGGAUAUCGAAGGCCAGUGUUGCGGAGAAUGUGUACAGGUGGCAUGUAUAAUGACGGUGGAUGUGGAUAACACUGUUGUUAUUGAGCCUGGUGAUAUCUGGUACUCUCCACUCAACACCUGCGCUUAUUAUGAAUGCAACAAAACAAAUGAGCACUUUGUCACCAUGAGCAUAACUAAGGAAUGUUCAGUAAUCAGUGAAGAUGACUGCACAUUGGGACAUGAGUUUAAAAAAGCUGAUAAUCAAUGCUGUGGUACAUGUGAGCAGGUGGCUUGUAUAAUGAAACUGAGUGAUGACUCCACAAAAAUAUUGAAGCCUGAUGAAACAUGGACCCCACCCAAUGAGGUCUGCAUCUCUUACGAGUGCAACAUAGUUGAGGGCCAGUUUAUUCCUGUGACAGUGAAGAGAACCUGUCCGAUUGUCGAUUGUGAUGCUGGUUACGAAUACAAAAUUAAAUCUGGACAAUGUUGUGGAGAAUGCAUCAAGGUGGCAUGCUUAAUUAAGAUGGGUGACAAUUCAGCUAACAUUUUACAGCUUGGGCAGAGUUAUAUUCCAGAAGAUGAUAAAUGUACUACCUACAAAUGCUCUGAUGCAUACACUCUAGAAACAAACAAAGAAAUAUGCCCAGCCUUUGACUCAUCGUUGUGUUUGGAGGGUACCAUUAAAAUGUCAGAAGAUAGCUGUUGCAAGACCUGUGACACUGUAGAAUGCCAGGUCCGUAAGCAGCCCACUCGCAUCAAAACCAAGACCUGUGAAUCAGACCAGACUGUGGAACUCACCUACUGUGAGGGAAAAUGCAUGACUACAUCAAUUUACUCAGCUGAUGCAAAUGCCAUGCAGCAUGCAUGCAGUUGUUGCCAGGAAAGGAAAACCAGCAAACGACAAAUAAACCUGGCAUGCCUUGAUGGAACCAGCUCCCUUUACUCGUAUAUCUACGUCGAACAGUGUGGCUGCACAACUACUGAAUGUUAAAAG